AUGGACGUUCUUGCAGUUCUUCCAACAGGAUACGGAAAGAGUAUCAUCUACCAAAUACUCCCAAAGGUUAUAUCCGAGUUGCGAUACAAUCAUACAGUGGAUAGAAAGACAGCUACAGUUAUCGUGGUCAGUCCACUCGAACAGAUUCGUAAGCAGCAAGUAGAAAGACUGAAUACAAGGGGAAUCAAAUCUGCUUCGCUCGAUGAUGUUAAAGCUAGUGAUGAUACAACACUUUGCGAAUUCGAGGUCUUUUUCGGAAGUGCUGAGCAGUGGUUAUCCGAUAAGUGGGUUAGGAACUUAAAGUACGGCUACGUCAACGAAACAGAGGUAUUGGUAGUAGACGAAGUGCACACAAUUCAGACAUGGUAAGAAGUAUUUCUGAUUAAUGCAAUAUUAUGUAUAGUUUUCAAUUAUAAACAUAUUGUUGUGCCUGCUAAUACUGUAAGUGCCAAUUACAACGUUUAUACAAGAACACAGUCAUGACUGGAGCAAUAUAAGGGCUUAUGGUUUUGUUUAUCCCCCAUUGGUAAAUGACCUAAAAUAUUACUGAAAUUUUCAACUUUUGUAGGCUUUCAUCUUGUUUAUGUUUUAAUGUUGUCUAGUACAAGAUUACUUAAUAAUUACACUACUAUUACAUUGAUUUAUUUGUUGUUUUAAAUCUUUUAGGAGGAGUGGGAAAAAAGGAAAAGCUGCCUUUCGGAGAGCAUUAGGUCAUGUCAAUGACUUGCGUUCAUUAUUGGGUAAUAUUCCUGUGUUGGGGCUAACAGCAACUGCAGACAAGUAUAUGAGACAGAAACUUUGCAAACUUUUAAACCUAAAAGAGCACAAAGAAAUUUUGAUCAGUCCCAACAGGCAAAAUUUACAGUUGCAAAUGCUGAUAAGAAUCUUUCAUGCUUUGACUGGCUAG